AUGCAGCAGUCUCAAGCCCAAAACGAGGACUCCGUGCUCGAGGGGGAGCGGCGACUGAAGUAUAAGGGUACCGCCCGCAUCGGUCUCGACGUGCUCUUUUUCUGCCAAGAUCAGCCACGUAAAUCCAGCAAGAGACAAACGGAGUUCCUGGUGGAUUGUUUUCAGAAGGAAGGAUGUCAUCGACUGCCUUUCUGCAAUCACGUCCCUGCGAUCAUCGACCAGGAAAGCCUCGAUGCCGCAAUGCAGCAGUUGGGGAAGACGGCGGACGACUUGCUGACUAAUAAUGAUGUGCCCGACUAUCCCCUGCUCAAAUUUCCGACCAGCUUCCACCUUGAGUGUCUCCACGGCCGGCACAGGAUCGAAGCUGGGCGCGAAUUUCUCGAUCCUGGGGACGAUUGGUGGACGGUUGAUCUGUACCUCUCAGACCUGAACGUCGACCUGAAGACAUGCCUCGUCGAAGAAUACUCCAACGAGGAGAAGCCCUCUGAUGGCGAGAUCUACUAUAAGAUGCGGCGCUACCAUUUCCAGCGGAAUUUCAGCUUUGAAAUGCGGUGGAAGGCGCGCCUGCGAGGCAAGCGGCAGCAGUACCUGCUGACGCUCACCCGUAAUGAAGCAAUGACGGCGGCAUUCGAUGACUUGCUCGACAUCCCAGGUCUCUGGGGCGGGAUGAAGAUCACUACGCUGCACAAAAUGAUGGCUCUGAAGUGUGAUACAGAACUCUUACACUACCUCCGCCGCAUCAAGCAGGUCUGGUCCGAUCUAGUACGUGGCAAUAAGGCUGCUAUGGGAAAGAUCGAUCAAACCACAGUGAAGGCUUUAGAGCUGAAGGCACCACGAGCGUCAACAGCGGACAUGGAGUUCCUCCGCAUUCGAGUGCGUGGGGGGGAGGUAUUCAGCGCUUUCGACGACUGCGAGCGCGACGAUAUCUGGAGCCGUCUAGAGUGCGUUGAGGGCCUAAUUCCAUCUCUUGCGACCUUCUUCAAAGACAUCGGGUACUUGGAGCGCCUCGCCAACUGCGUCAAGCGGCUAACGGGCGACAAUGUCCAGAUCUCUCAUGCCUUCAAGCAACUAUUCUCCCCUGUUGAUCAACAAGACGGCCGCGUUCGGAUCACGGACGGCCAGGCUAAGAUUCAGGUUGCUGAGAGUGCUUUUGUGUACGGGCAGGGGACGCGCGGAGACCAAGUCGAUCUCGGGUACCGGCAGAUCAUUGCGUAUGCCAUGCGGCACUUCGCGGAUAUGCCAAAGGAACCAGUGAAGGAGGACCGCGUGAUGCAACCUGCAGCGAUGGCAGAUCGAGACGUCCUCCGCCGCUUCGCUGACUUGGCUGACCAGCUGGGGUUUACCAGCCCCAGGAUAAAGCAUUUGCAGCAGUACCCAGCUGCACUCGCCGAGCAAGCCCCACCAUCGGAGCAUCCUCCCCUCAUUACAUCGGGAUCCGGGGUAGGGAUAGCUCAUAGAUGCGGCACCCCACUCAGGCCGAAAUUCAACGAGGACCGGAAAUUCUGGUUUAUCAAUCACCUCCACGACGAGAGGGAGCAGCAAGGCAAAGGCAUCACGAACUUCUUCGUCCGAAAACAAGUUUAUCUCGCCUUCUUUGGCUGGCCGACCUGGAGGCCUACUGCCCAGGGUGGUAGCCAUGGCCGCUCUCCAUCUCUCCCUGCUCCAGACUUCGGAGAUUUACCUCGAGACCCAGGCCCUGAUGCUCAACACCACACGGUCGGGUCCCGAACGGACCGGCCACCUAGUACGCUAGAACCUGCAGAUGAUGACAUGGGCCUUUUUGUCCCAGAAGCGGAUCCAAGCCAAACCCAGGCGGGAGGAAUAGGUGAUGGUGCCCAGCGGCUGGAGAAGGAGAGGCUGGAGAAGGAGCGGCUGGAGAGGGAGAGGCUGGAGAAGGAGAGGCUGGAGAAGGAGAGGCUGGAGAAGGAGAGGCUGGAGAAGGAGAGGCUGGAGAAGGAGAGGCUGGAGAAGGAGAGGCUGGAGAAGGAGCGGCUGGAGAGGGAGAGGCUGGAGAAGGAGAGGCUGGAGAGGGAGAGGUUGGAGAGAGAGCGACUGGAGAGAGAGAUAGACAUCGACCUUAUUAGAUGGGAGGACGAUACUUGGAAAUACCUAACACCACUCGCAGUCGAUCCAGAGAAUCCUUCUAACAUCGAACGGUUGGUCAACGAUUACAUGACGGAAGGAAUCAGGGCUUUCAACACAUUUCUGAGAAUGAUGAGCCCCACAGAAUGCCUUCAGGUAGUCAUCAAUAAUAGGACACAUACAAUCCUCCUAAUCGCAGAAGACGAGCUUGCUAUUGAUGAUAGGAUGCAUGAAUCUGCAGCGAAUCUCCACGCGGAGGCAACCAAGAGAGUCAUUGAUUUGAAACGCAAGGCCACCAAAGAUCUGUCUCACAAUUACCACCCACGGAAGAUGGUUGUCUGCACCGAUGGGAAUGAGCUACCGUGA